GACAGCAACAUUCGGUGGAGGGCUGUCCGACAAUUCGUCGAUACUCUGUUUUGCUGUAGUACCGUACGGUAUCCAUUACGAAAGUAGUCAGCACGUCAUCGUUAAAUGGAUCGUGGAUAAUACCAUAACAAAGAAAUAACGUUAUUUCAUUGUCGAUUUGUACGCUUUCUCCAAAAAAAUUAGGAAGUGAAGCAGCGAAAAUGCAGAUCUUACUCGCGCUAAGCGCGAUUAUAGCUGUAUCUACUGCUAGAGUAGUAAUUACUGCUGAGGGUCCAACUGACCUUCAUCUUUUAGGGCAAGAGGAAUGUACAUGGGGACCUUCAUAUUGGUGUGAAAAUAUUAAAACUGCAGCUGGAUGUAAUGCUACUAAGCAUUGUAUUAAAACAAUAUGGAAUUCUAUGAAAGUACCAGAAGAUAGUGAUAAUGUCUGCACUGUUUGCAAAGACAUGGUUCAGCAAGCUCGUGAUCAGCUUGAGAGUAAUCAAACUCAAAAUGAUCUCAAGGCUGUUUUUGAAGGAAGUUGCAGACUGAUGCGCAUUAAAACAGUUGUGAAUGAAUGCAUAAAAAUUGUAGAUCAAUUUAUUCCUGAUCUUGUAGAGACGUUAGCAUCUCAAAUGAAUCCAUCUGUUGUUUGUUCAGUAGCUGGUCUUUGCAAUUCUGCUCAUAUCGAUAAAUUACUAGAGGAAUCCUCAAUUAAGGCUGCUGAAAUGAAGACUCAUUCUUUGGAAGACGACGAAAUUGAGCCUGAUGAAUGCACUAAAUGUUAUACAGUCGCAACGCAUAUGGAACAUAGACUAAAACACACCCCACGCGAUAAAAUGUUGCAGCAAAUGCUUAAUUCCUGUGCAGAAUUUAAUACUUUUACAGACGCUUGUUCAGCAAUCAUUUUGACAAAUUUCGAAACAAUUUAUACUCAUUUACAAGAAAAUUUCAAUGCACAAAAUAUUUGUCACUUAUCUGGCCAAUGUAGUGGCAAAUUCCACAAACACGAAGAUGCACAUAAGACACCUGAAGUAGAAAUCAGACCAUUAUCAAGUGUUGGUAUGGUUGAGGUAGGUGAUGAUCUUCCAUGUAAAUUGUGUGAACAACUUGUUGGACAUUUAAGAGAUCUUUUAGUAGCUAACACGACCGAAGCGGAAUUUCGUCUAGUCUUAGAUGGGUUGUGCAAACAAACAAAAUCCUUCUCCAGUGAAUGUACUGCCAUAGUUGAUGAAUAUUACCCAGAAAUUUAUGAGUAUCUUACAAAACGUCUGAAUAGUAAUGCUGUUUGUCAAAUGUCUGGAAUUUGUCCUGAACCUGGCAAAGAAAUGCAGGAUGCACCAAUUUGGCCUUUACUACCUAACAAUGUAGCUGAAGUUGGAGUACGUAUGCUUAAAGAUUCAAAGAAGAAAUUUGAAAAUGAUAAACACCAAGAACUGAGUGAAGCAGAAGUAGAAUCAAUGCAAUUGCCUAUUGAAAGAAUGUUACCUUUCCCAAUAUCAGAGGGUCCACUGACUGUUCACGGAAAGGGAUCGUGCGCACUUUGCGAAUAUGUGCUACAUUACAUACAGGACUCCAUAACGACUCCCGUUACAGAGGACAAAAUCAAACACGCAAUACAAAGAGUAUGCACAAAACUACCAGGAACUAUAAGAGGCGAAUGUUCAGAAUUUGUAGAUACUUAUGGAGACGCUAUUUUAGCUAUAUUAGCUCAAGAAAUUGAUCCAUCCCAAGCAUGCCCAAUGUUACAUUUCUGUCCAAGCCAACAGUUAAUGAAUAUGUGGGAAAGUGUACCAUCGAAGUAUAUGCUUGAAGAACAAAAGAAUAAGAAGCCCAGUUGCCCAUUAUGCUUACUUGCUGUGUCACAAGUUUAUAAUAUUAUUAAAAAUAACAAGACCGAGGCUAACAUAGAAUCUGUGCUGGAUAAAUUGUGUAUUCAUUUACCGCGUAGUCUAUCUGAAGAAUGCACAGAUUUAGUGAAAGGUUACAGCAAAGAACUUGUAGAUUUAUUACUUGCAGACUUGUCACCUCAAGAAGUGUGUGUCUAUAUUAAACUGUGCGACGAUAACAAGAACACUGGUCCAAGAAACCUGUUCAUUACAGACAACAGCGGCGAAAUAUUAACUAAUGAAAUACCAGAUACUUCGGUAAAUUUUGAGAUAGAAAACGAAGAAGGCGCUACUUGUGUUAUUUGCGAGUAUGCUAUGCGCUUUGUUGAUAAAGAGCUUGGUAGCGAAAAAGCAAGAAAUAGAGUUGAAAAUUCUGUGCGUACUGUAUGUAAACAUCUUCCAAAAACCCUUUCUCAGUCAUGUGCACAAUUCGUUAACAAAUACGGCGAUGCUAUAAUUAAUGUUAUUACAAAAGAUGUUAGUCCAAAGGAAGUUUGUAAAUUCAUGGAAUUGUGCGCAUCGUACAUGCAAGAGGAAUUCGAAGCAAUUGAUAACGAUCAAGAGACUUCAGUGAAUUCUGAGAUAUUGGCAGAUACCGAAGGAGCUACUUGUACUAUAUGCGAAUAUGUUAUUCGUUUCAUUGAAAAAGAACUCGGUAGCGAAAAAGGAAAAGAUAAAGUCACAGGUACUGUACGUGGUAUAUGUAAACAUCUUCCAAACAAAGUUCACGGAAAAUGCAACGAUUUAAUUACCAAACAUGGUAAUAAUAUAAUCGAUAAAAUUGUGCAAAACGUUAGUCCGAAAUCAGUUUGCAAACUCAUACGAGUUUGCUCAACCUACAUGCAAAUGGAGUUCGCAGCAAAUGAUGAAGUACCAGAGACUUCAGAGAGUUCUGAGAUAUGGGAAGAAGAGGACAAAGCUAUAACUUGCACUGUAUGUGAAUAUGCUAUGAAAUUCGUUGAUAAAGCAAUUGGUAGUAAAAAAGGAAAGGAUGUAGUUGAAGGUGCAGUGCGUGGUGUAUGUAAGCAUCUUCCGAAGUUCAUCUCUCGGCCGUGCAACAAAUUUAUUAACAAUCAUGGCGAUGCUGCAGUUAAUGCAAUUGUAAAAGGUGCAAGUCCCAAAAAUGUUUGUGGUCUUAUGGGACUUUGCUCAGCUUACAUGCUCGAGGAAAUUGAAGCAAUCGAUAAAGUUCAAGAAAGUUUAGUGGAUUCUGAGAUAUCGGAAGAUACCGAAGGAGCUACUUGUACUGUAUGCGAAUAUGCUAUUAGUUUCAUUGAAAAAGAACUUGGUAGCGAAAAAGGAAAGAAUAAAGUCGAGGGUACUGUACAUGGUGUGUGUAAACAUCUUCCAAAGACUCUUUCCCGGGAAUGCAACAAUUUCGUUAACAAACAUGGUGAUGAUAUAAUCAAUAAAAUUGUGCAAAACGUUAGUCCGAGGUCAGUUUGCAAACUCAUACGAGUUUGCUCCACCUACAUGCAAGUGGAUUUUGAAGUAAUUGAGGAAGUACCAGAUACUUUCGAGAGUACUGACAUAUCGGAAGAUAUAAACUUAGGUCCUACAUGUGUUGUUUGCGAAUAUGCUAUGCGUUUUAUUGAAAAGAAGCUUGGUAGCGAAAAAGCAAAAAAUAAAGUUGAAGAUGCUGUACGGGGUGUAUGUAAACAUCUUCCAAAACACCUUUCCAAUGAUUGCAAUAAAUUCGUUAACAAACAUGGCGAUACUGUAAUUGAUGUAAUUGUAAAAGGUAUGAGUCCCAAGACAGUGUGUACUCUCUCAGGACUUUGUGUAUUGUACGAGGAAGAAUUUAAAGCUUCUGUGGUAGAAUGUGCAACAUGCAAAGGUGUCAUAUCAGUAAUAAAUGAACUUUUAGCAAAUCCAAAAGUUGAUGAUACUAUUAUUAACGUAGUAUCUAAAGCAUGUAAACAUGUUCCAGCAAGUAAACAGAGCAAGUGUGCCACUUUGGUAAAUAUUUAUGGCCAGAGCAUAAUAAACCUUAUUGAACAACAUACUGACAGCAAGAAAAUAUGCGGCAAAAUAGGUGUUUGUGCAUCUGAAGAUUACUCAUCCAUAUCUUUGGAAAGCGCGCGAAGUAAACGAUCCUACGAGAAAGAUGACAUAAAGCGCUGUACCUGGGGUCCUGUUUAUUGGUGUUCUAGCAAUGAAACAGCUCUUAAAUGUAAAGCUGUUGAACAUUGCAAGGAAAACGUGUGGAAAGCCGAAUUCGCUCCGCCUAAACAAAUUACUUUCAGCGCAGCAGAACCUAAUGCUUAACUUUGUAAAAAUGAAAUAAAUUGAACUAUUACUUAAUACAAAGUUUUUACACUUUACGGAAUUUAGUCAUAAGAAGUUUGUGUUUAUUAUAAAUGUUACAUCAAUGAUAUUAAGAGUCUAAUAUUAGUCUCUUAACAAUGCACUAUUCUUUUAAAAUAUAAAAAUGUGAUACCUUUGUUAAAAUCUUCCAUUAUAAUAUUUAACAGAAGAUUAUAUAUAGUAUGUUGUAUACAUAGGUACUUUAAAAGUAAUAAUAAAUGUAAGCUUUUAACACUCUUGCAACAAUAUUGCCGUUCACGAUAUUCAAUUAAGUUCAUAUUUUGUAAUAAUUAUUGUUUGUAUACAAUCUAUGAUAUUGAAAAUAUAAUUACGUAUACUACA